CCUAGCAGAUCGAAAUCUCCCACCACCCGAUCUCAUCAUCAUCAUCGUCUCAAGUUGCUCUAAGAAAUUCCGCUACGUUAACGAAAAAUGGAGAAGACAUCCAUCAAACUCGUCUCUUUCUUGCUCGUCCUCAGCUUCCUAGUCGCUCAAUAUGGCGGAGUGGAUGCGAGGGCGUCGACGUUGUCUCAAUGCAAGAAGACAAGGGAUUGUGGUAGCAUCUGCGCAGCUAUCUGCAGCCCUGGAACUACGUGUGCAUGUGUCGACAACUUCUGUAGCUGCAAUCUGGCCGCCGCCAGUGUCGCCGGCGGCGGUCGUCGUCAGUCCAGCUCUAUCACCGGAGCCGAGCUAAUUAAUAAUUAAGUUCAAGGAAAGAUUGUACUUGGAUGGUGAAUUGGGGAUGAUGUCGAUUUCACUAGCUUGUGGUUCUAAAUGGUAUUUUUGUUUAAGAGUUAUUGCCA